GCGAAUUGAGCGGCGCUUGAAGCAGACAAUCCGUCUGAAGCAGAAACCAGAGGACUGCACGCUCACAGCAUGGUGGAUGCCAGCACACCUUACAGGAUGAACCCACUAGCCGCCCUGAGCAUUGAUCGCAACGCCCUGGUGGGGGAAAGCCUCCGCCCCCAUGCAGGAAUUUUCUAUCCUGGCCUCCAUCCUCUCUCUGCUGAAAAGCCUCAGGAGCCUGGCACUUCUCUUCCACUCGGCUAUGAUCUUCUAUACAAGCCGGAUGUAACCCUGCUGGAUGGCCAGAAACCCGCAAAUGGAUAUGUUGGUCUCUAUAAGAACCCACCACCAGGGCUGCAGAAACCACUGGUUGUCCCUGGUGCAGGAGCUGAUGGCCUGGGCCUAGAUCGUCGAGUUCUAUCCAAUGACAAGCAGUCAGAACUGGGCCUGAAUGGUGUUGGAAGCUUCCUGAGACUGCCUUGGAUCAGCCCCUAUGCUGAUUCAACAAUGUACCCCUUCCUGGACAUGGCAUAUAAGGCCUCCUUCCUGUCCCAGCCAUCGCCCUUCAUCCACCAGCAGCUGGCAUAUCAAUCCUUGUGUGCUGCUGGGGCAGGAAGCAGCACAUCUGGGGAAGACAGACUGUUCUACCUGCCUCGUUAUGCCCCGGCCCAUAUCUCCUCCCCACUGGGCCCUCCUAUCAGGAUUCCUGCGGCCACCACAGCUGCUGUCCUUUCACCCCUGCCCCACUGCCAAGACAAGGCUUUGCAGGGCAUUGGUCCUCAGGUACAACAGGAACCCUCUGCCUUCAGCACCAGUCCUCAGAUCCGCCAGGAGCCCCAGCCUCACCAUACUGAACGACAACAUGGCAGCAGUAGCAAUGGUGCCAAAUCCAGUCAGCCCUCUUCCACCAAGAGCAACAGCAGUGGUGGAAGUAGCGCUGCCCCUGUUAACAGCUCAGCUACCACUGCUGCCAUAAAAUCACCCCCAGUUACCUGUCCUCCAUGCUCAGUUCCCUCACUCCAGCCCCACAACAACACCACAACAGACCUCCAGAAGUCCCUUUACAGAAACACCUCCUCAUCAACAACCUCAGUUUCAUUGUCUCACCCUUUUUACAUGGGUCGCCUGAGCUCUGAGCACUGCUCCCCCAUUCCCUCAGGCAGCAACAAAACCAAAGAUGCCAGCUCAGACUGCAGUAGUGCAGAGAAGUGUACAUCACCUACAAAGACAUCACUGGACAGAGCUGUACCUCAGAAGCCUGCCAAAAACCCUGGAGAAAAACCUUUGGAUCUGUCUGCCAAAGAGUUGGAAGGAUUUACAAAUGGUUUCCCAUCCAAAUUAGAGGCCCUGGCCAAGUUGGGGUAUUUGCCAUCAUCUUGUUAUGGGCUGCUGGCCACUCAGGACCAACAUUUAAAAGAGGGUCUACCCCCACCUGUUAGCACAUCAGCAAAGACUCCAGAUCCUGAAAUGAUCAGCACUGUGGCCUCACCUUGGGUUGUUCCGUGUCCUUCAUCAGCUGUCAGCUCAGACCACAGCAGAGGCUCCCAAAUAAUUAAAAAUAAGGGCGUGGACAAUAUUUCACAACCUCCUGAGGUGAACAGUAGUCUCAGUCCUGCAUCAGGGGGAAGAUCUUCUGCAGCAUCCCCUUCCUCAAAGUCAAAAGUUGAAUGGCAACGACCCCCUGCCACUGAUUUGGAGAAAAGCCCUCCAAACAGCAAUGGAGAAACUCGCACAUGCUCUGGAAAACAGACCGUACCUCCUGUUAAGCCAGAGCCUCAGGAGAGUCACCCUCAUCCACAGCAGCAGCAGCAGCAGUCUUGCAUGGAAAAUGGAAAAACUUCCAGCCAAGUCUUUGGUGAUUCCUACCUCCCUCCUGGCAUAGGCUACACUAAUCGCUACAUCCCAUAUUCAGUUGCUGAGAAUAUGCCCCUGCAACGCAUGUCCAUACCAGGUAAAGGACCUGUCUACCCCCACCCAGUCUUGCUUGGCAGCAGUAGCUUUUACACACCACACAUUGCAGCAAAACAUAGCCUCCCAUAUGGAGUACGCCCAUUUCAGAGUUCCCAGGAGAUGGCCCCAUCACCCCUGUCAUCCUACCCAGGUCUUAACACCAAAGACCGACUUGAGAACAAAUGUAAGACCCAGGAAAAACCCUGGAAUGCAGAACCGUACAGGAACCAGGAAAGGCUGGAUGCUGACAGCUCCCACAACAGCGACAGUGAAAGAGACAAGUCCACAAACCAAGGCUUAAAGUCUUCAGGAAAACGCCUCCCUGCUGUCAGAGAUGACAUAGUUUGUAUUGACCUGGUGCGUGAUGAGGCAGACGAUGAUUUGUCCAGCAACAAACACAGCUCCCCAGCUACCGGAACAGAAGAUUCCUCCAAGCCAGGUGGCAGUGGCUGUAACCACAUUCAAGAAAAAGAGCCAUGGCCUUCGAAGGUCCUCCCUCCCAGCCGGGCUGCAGAGCAGAGGCCAGUCUCACUGCCCCAGACUUCCCAAACAAAACCCCCUCAGGAAAACUGCUCCUCACCACUUCCAACUAAAGAGGAGAUCCCAGAAGCGGAGGACUCACCCAGUCCAUUCUCAGACAUCCCAGAGGAGCAGACGAUGCACUGUGCCAGAACAUCUCCACAGCAGUUUUUAAGAACAUGUAAAACUAGCUUCUGGUGGUGCUGGGGACUUAAGGAUGGAACUAUUGGUGGGGUUAACAGUGUUGAUGGGAAGAGUGCUAGUGAUGAAGCUAAGUCAGAAUGCUCCACCAGUAAAAAAGCUGAUUCUGAGCAAAGCCCCUCCAGAACUGUCAACUCACUGGGUCCUGUUGACAAAGAAAACUGUUCUAGUAAUUGUACCAAUUCUAACAAUUUGGGAGCAGUGUGUCCAGUCGCCAGCCCCAAGAGUCCAGUUAAUGGGGGCAGCUGUCAUUCAGACAGUCCAGUUUGUACCAGUAAAGGACCAGCAUGUAGAGAUUUUAGUCCCCAGGUCCCAGCAUGCAGGAGUUUUAAUCCUGGCGUUGCAGCUGGAGGAAUCAUGAACUCUAAGGUCCCACUUUCUGUUAACAACCCAGCAGCUCCCACGUGUAACAAUGGAGAAUCGAGCAGUCCACAUUUUGCCAGAGAUUUUGUGGGUCCCUGUUGCAGAAAUCUGUCUUCGAGGGCUCCAGCUUGUGAACCCAGAAUUUUCAGUGGUCCAGCUCGUGGAAAUUGCAACCCUGUGCCUCCCAGUUGCAGGAGUGUCAAUCACAGAUUUGCAAAUUGUCAAAACCGCAAUACAGUGCGCCCAACUUGCGGAAACAUCAAUCUUGGGGUUCCUGCAUGCAAUUUUAGUGGAAACACUGUCUCCAAGGGCCAGUCUUUUGGAAAUAACAAUCCCAGGGCCCCCACAUAUGGAAACAAUUUUCCUCGGAGCCCCACUUGUCGACAUGUUUCACCUGGCAAUCCGACCAGGGGAGGAUUUCAGAGGGUGCCUGCAGAUGUGACUCCAGAGCUGCCAGUUAACAGAGACCUUAAGUGUGAGGGUUUUUCCUCCAAUGAGACAAAACCCAGAAGAGAGACACCAAACUCCAUCCUCGCCUCUGCUAGCUGUGGAGAUGGGAAGAGCGACACCCAGGAGAGCAUGGAUCCCCUGGCAGAUGAGGAUGAGGGCCCUGGCUGCAGCAAGAGCAGGUGCUCCAGCCUCACCAGACGCAUCGCCAACUCAUCUGGCUACGUGGGCGACCGCUUCAAAUGCAUGACCACAGAGCUUUACGCCGACUCCAGUAAGCUGAGCAGAGAGCAAAGAGCGCUCCAGCGUGCAAUGCUGCGCUUCUCCGAGCUGGAGCUGAAAGAGAAAGAGGGAGGAGGAGGAGAGGAAGAAGAAGAAGAAAGGAUGACAGCAGCAGCGGUGGCAGCAACAGGGGAGAAGGAGCUGGCAGGCGGCCAGGGGGGAGACGGAGGGAGGGAGGAAGUGGAGGAGGAGGAGGAGGAGGAGGGGAAGAAGAAAGAGGGAGGAGGAGGAAGAACUCCCUCUGCAGCCGCCACCGAGGCUCCGAGAGGUUCUCAGCUGCCCUGCCCUCACAGCCGCCUCCCCGUCCCGCCAUUUUGCCGCCACACCGACAACCUGUCCGUCCUCAGGGGAAAGGAUGAUCGCUCCACAGAGGAGGAGAAGAAGAAUGAAGACAGGGAAGAAGGAGGUCUGCAGGAGGAGAGGAAGAAAGAGGAGAGGAGUUUUAUCUCACUGCCAGAGCAACAGCAACAAAGGUUUCUCCCCGCAGCCAGAGGCCUGUUUCAGGGAAACAGCCCCAUGCUGACAUCCAUGCCAGGUGGUUCAAAUCCCAGCAUGGCGAUAAACCGGAGGCGUAUCUUCAGUCUGGAACCUUUCCACCAGAGCAGCAUCAUCAGCAGCCGGCUGAAGAGAGGGAGGGAGGAGGAGAGGGAAGAGGAGAGGGAAGAGGAGAGGGAGGAAGACGGGACGGGGAACCCCAACAAGAAAACCAAGUUCACAAAUGACGCAGCCUUAGACGAUGUGAAGAAGCUGAAGGUUUGCAUUGAGCUGAACGGUCUGCGACUCAACAAGCCCCGCCUCCCCGUGGAGAUCGGCCAAUGGCUGCCAUCCGGCGAGAGGUCAGCAGAGGUCGACAGGAAGUUUAGAAUGGACAUCCCGGCCGUCAGGGGGAGGUCAGAGGUCAAUGGGAGCUGGUGUGACCCCACAUUUGUGAGGAGGGACGGCCCGAGAGUUUUCCAUGUGGCCCCUCCCCCUUCUCCCACCCAUCUCCCUGGGCAACCGUGCAGCUCCGCCCCCCGGCAGCCAACCCCUGCAUCCUUCUCAUCCCUCACCUCCUCCCGCCUCCAGGACAAGCAUCAGAAGCUGAGGGAGAACCGCAGGGUCUCCACUUUCCUCCCAUCCUUACCUCCUCUUCCUCUGUCCUCCUCCUCCUCCUCCUCACCUGACCCCCAUCCCUUUUGCUUCCAUGACGACGACCUCAACAAGCCGAAGGGCAAGCGUCCUUGCAAGACGAAGCACACGGGAAGAGAGACGGCGAGGGAGGAGGAGAGAUGUGAAGGAGGCAGUGAUGACGAUGAGGAGGAGAAUGGGAAGGUGUCUCGCUCGCCCAGCCUUCGACCUCCCUCUCUGCAGAACACACUCUCCGCCCGGCCCGUCCCUCCGGAGGUGCGUCGGCUCAUCGUGAACAAAAAUGCCGGAGAGACGCUGCUGCAGCGCGCCGCCCGUCUGGGAUACGAGGAGGUGGUGCUGUACUGUCUAGAGAGACGGAUCUGCGAUGUUAACCAUCGAGACAACGCCGGGUAUUGCGCCCUGCACGAAGCCUGUGCCCGUGGCUGGCUGGGAAUCGUACGCCACCUAGUGGAGCACGGAGCAGAUGUGAACUGCAGCGCUCAGGAUGGAACCAGGCCGCUGCACGACGCCGUGGAGAACGACCACGUGGAGGUGGUGCGCUUCCUCCUGGCCUACGGCGCCGACCCCACCCUCACCUCCUACUCUGGACGAGGGCCAAUCAACAUGACCCACAGCGCUGCCAUGGAAACCUUCCUGGAGGACUAUCUCUCUGACCUCCAGGGAAGGUCGGAGGGCGACCCGGGAAUCUGCUGGGAGUUUUAUGGCAGCUCUGUGUGUGAGCCGUCCAGUGAGGGAGGGGUGUAUAACAUCCUGGCUGACCCGCCAGGGCCAGAGGAAGAGGAGGAGGACGAAAACGAGGAUGAGGACGAGGAGCAACGUGCAAGGAGGGAGGUGUUUGAGUUUGAGCUGUCCGACCGUCCGCUGCUCCCCUGCUACAACAUCCAGGUGUCUCUGUCACAGGGUCCCAGGAACUGGCUCCUGCUCUCCGAUGUCUUGGGUCGCCUCCGGAUGACGUCUCGGUCUUUCCGACGCCUCUUCCCUCAGCUCAACGUGCAGUCCAUCCCUGAGGAUGAGUUCUACCGACAGGCAUCCCUGUCGCAGCUCCUGACGGGUCCUGAUGAGCAGGAGCUGGCCUCCUUCAGGCCAGAUGUCAAAGACCCUCUGGAGUUGGUGGAGGCCACCCCUGAGCUGGCCGGCAUGCUCGGCUCUUCCCUGGAGUUUGUGGACAGUCGCUGGGACUCACUGCAAGCUUCGCCACCUCCAACGCCACCACCCCCAGCAUCAACAAGACCCUCAGCAAGACUUUCACCAAGACCAGCGUUAUUACCACCGCAGAGACCGGGGGCAACAGAUGCUGGUGCUAGAGUGGAUGAUACACUGCAGAACAGGACUGUAGAGUCUGGACAAUGCCAAGGACUUAAAAACCUGUUCUAUUCUGCUCCGGCAGCUAAAAUGGAAACUAAAUUAGAUACGGCCACGUGGGAACCACAACAGCAAGGAGGUGAAACGGCUGGGGAUCCUUCUCUGGCAAAGCCACACGUGACAGUGGAUGCCAGCAUGUGGGAACCGCAAAGAUCACGAAGUAAGAGUGUUGGCAUUGCUAACUCUAAGUUACACACUAACAUGUGGGAACAACAACAACGUAGUAAGAAUACUGGGAUCACUAAUUCUCCUAAUCUGGACUCUAAGAUGGAUUCUAACAUGUGGGAACAGCAACAGCAAGGAAAUAAAACCAUGGGAAUCACUGCUGUCAGACCCGACAUGGCAGCUGGUGCUAGCAUGUGGGAACCUCAGCGACUACGAAGUAAGAACAGUGGAAAUGCUAAUCCUGCAAACUCAAACGGUGCAGUGGAUGUUAGCACGUGGAAACAACAACAUCAGGGCAGCAAGACCGGUGGGGUUUCAGAUUCUACAAACCCAGGUGCUUUGGACGAUGAUAGCAUUUCAGAACCACAGCGACUACAAAGCAAGAAUGCUGCGAUCACCAGCCUCGUGGAACCAGAUGGUAGGGUGGAUGCUAACACGUGGGAACGCCAUGGAAUAAAGACAGUGGGUGGCAACAGUACAGCGCCCAAAAGAGAGGCUAGUUCCUGUGAAACCCGAGGAGGGAAGAGUGUAAAGAUGGACGCCGCCUGGCAACGAAACUUGGGCAAUGUCAGAGUCCACAUCAGGGACUUGGGGAUGAAAGUUGGCGGAGGUACCAUCCGGAGAGAUGUGAAGAAAGACCAAGGCAAGGUGGUCGGGAAGAGCGGCAGGGUUAAAGUGAGGUCAUGACAAACCAUGAUGCACCUGAGGAAAUGAACAGUCACAGAUCCAGACAGCUUUUACAGUGUGGGAGUCAGAUGGAGCUGCUGCCUGAACAAGACACAGUCUGCAGAAUUCCAUACAGAAAAUCAGAGUUUUACACAAACAUGCAUAUAAAUAUUGUAAAUGAGCAGUCGUCAUAUUUGUAUGUUGAAAAGAACAGAACAUUGGUGGAGAGACUAACAGUCCUGUGUGUGUUAUAUGUAGACUGUAAAUAUGUGUCUUUUUUAUUUAUGAGUGCAGAUAUCACAGGUUCUGAAACAUGUUCUUUGUAAAUGAAGUCUGGUGUAAAUAUGAUGCACUUUCUGUUGCGUGGUCAGAUUGUUGGCUCUGCUCUGGGAGCUUGUUUGUUACCUUUGUGUGUGAUUUUAUAUUCAGCAUCCUGUCGGCUUUCGUCACCAAAACUAUUUAUUGUCCAAUAAAUACGAAG